GCCUAGCAGUUUCCAGCUGUGUGGGUGCCGGCUGGAACGUGACUGCUGACUACGGAGUGAAGAGGUCCAUAUGCAACUCUCCGGAGGACUGCGCAGGGGCAAAGACUUCAGCACAAAGAGAAUCUAACUGAGCUACAGAAGCAAGCAGAGUGCGUCAGCUGAGUACAAGUACACAGCUGCCUCCACUGACAAUUGUCUUGACAGUAACUGAAAAUAAGAAACAGUUGAUUGACAUCAUUUUGUGCAGAACUUGUUCAAGACAAGAAGUUUCACCAGUGACGCCCUAGCUGGUUAUUGCAGGCAGACGGAACAUCCUCCCAGUUGAAAUAAACCAGGCAGGUGUGGCGAUCAACAGAGAAGAUCUAUGGCCAGCUUGGAUGAGGAAGCCAAUGGCAUCCUUGCACAACAAACAGUGCGGGUUGCAACAGAGCAACCACUGGAAAUGUCAGUGUUAUUAGAUAAUAUCACGCAGUUGCGUCGGAGAGGGCACUUUUCCAAGUGCCCCGAGGAAUACAAGCAUUACUGUGUGAAAGGGCGAUGUCGCUAUGUAAUGGCAGAAGAGACACCAGCUUGCGUCUGCGAGAAAGGCUACACUGGCGCAAGAUGCGAGCAAGUGGACAUAUUCUACUUGAGAGGAGAUCAAGGCCCCAUUGUAGUGAUUUGCUUGAUCGUUGCAAUGGUGGUGCUGGUUGGCCUGAUAAUAUGCAUAUGCAUAUGCAGUCAUCACUGUCGGAAGCGCCGCAGGAGGAGCAAGGAAGAAGAAAUGGAAACGCUAGAGAAAGAUUUGCCUACCAAACAGGAGGGUGUCCUGGAGACGGACAUUGCAUGAAUGUUACUGAAGGCACCUGCAGGCAGGUUCCAAACAGCACAAUGUCUUGCUCCAUUGGAGAGGGACACAGAAGGUCUAUUGCCUGGAUAAUAAAUGCAGAUAAAUGAUAACAGGUGUUUCUACAUUGUUUAUUUGUAGCUAUGUCUUGUGAAAACAGAGGCCACAAAUGCUAUUGAAAGUCUUCUCCUAAAUCUCUUGGCCUUAGCUACACUUGCUCAAAACGUAUUAACAUUUAUCAGGAUAACCAAUAGGUUUUUUGUAACAAAUUACUGCGUUAUGGUUCUGGCAUAUGGAAUGAGUAUUUUGUGUCAGGGGUUCCCAAUCCAUGUUACUGUUUGAUUACAUGCCAUUGCUCCCACAGGACCCUGCCUCAUUCAGUGCGCAGGAUGGACGGUACACUAGAAGAGAAACACGGUUAUGUAGUGAAGGAGGCUGUUGUCUGGCGGGCCCCUGCCUCACUUGUUGCAACUGAAAGGUGUGUAGUGGAUGAGGCAGGCCUUGCAGGGAGAGAGGGAAUGGGCUCCUGGGUAAGGCAGUUGGAUGUUGUCCUGGAGAAUUGGAUUCUAGCCCUUCCUUUGCCACAGAGUUCCUGUGUGAUGCUGGGCAAGUCUCUUACACCAAAAUGCUCAGUUGGCCAUGAAUUGUGUGCCUCACUUUCUAGGUGCCCUGUUUGAGAUACCUGGGACCAGAGUUGCAGAUGUGCUGAGCACUCAGAUCUGCUGCUGGAGUUGUGCUUUCAACAUCUCCAAUGCUGUAUAAUGCUAGAUUUUCUAGAAAAUCAGGUGGUAGGCCUCUCAAACUGGACAUCCAAAAUUAGUGGACACUUGAUAAUGACCUUCAUCUCUCUGCUUCGGAUCCCCAGCUGUAAAACUGUAGUCCCCGUCCCUAAGCACAGAGGCACUGGAGCAUGUCAAUUUAACAGCUGUAAGAACUUAUUUUUUUAACUUGGGCAAAACAAAAUUUUUCCUAAUCUUGUCAUCAGAAACAGCUGAACCAUUUUAGCUGAAACUUUCCAAAAUAGAAACACCCAUCAUGGAAAGUCUCAGACCAAACAGUUAGUCUUACAAAGUUACAAGCAACUGAAAACAAUCGCAUAAUGGAAAGUAGGAGGCACCCUUAACUAUAGGUAGGCAUGACAGUGUUAGACUUAUGAUUUUGACAGGUAAUAACUAAGUUUAUUUUUAAGAUUUUUUUUCCCCCUAUUUUUAUCUUUUUCAGUUGUGGGAAAUUAUGGGAGGGCCAGA